GGCUAUUGUAAAUAAUGCUGCAGUGAAUGUGGGUGUGCAUAUAUCGUUUCAAGUUAGGGUUUUUAUUUUCUUUGGAUAAAAACCCAGAAUUGUUGGAUCAUGUGGUAGUUCUCUCUUUUGAGGAGCCUUCAUACUGUGUUCCUUAGUGGCUGCACCCAUUUACCUUUUCCACCCACGGCGCACCAGGGUUUGCUCCAUAUCCUCACCAACAUUUGUGAUCUCUUUUUGAUAGCAGCCAUUCUGACAGGUGUGAGACCGUCUCUCAUUGUGAUCUUGAUUUGCAGUUCUCUAGUGAUGUGCUGGGCAUCUUCUCGGGCACCUGUUGGCCAGGUGUAAGUCUUCUUGGGGAAAAUGUUCAGAUAUUCUGCCCAUUUAUUAAUUCGAUUGUUUUUUUCAGAUGAAUUGCAAAUAUUUUAUCCCAUUUAGAAGGGUUCCUUUUCAUUUUGUCGGUCGUUUCCUUUCUGUGUAGAUGCUUUUUGGUUUGAUAUAAUUCCACUUGUUUAUUUUUGCUUUUGCACCAUUUGUAUGGCUUGGAUAUGGAAGAGACAGCUCUACUUAUGCCUGAUAUUUUUCCUUGCAACUGGAAGUUCAUCUGCUGCCUUUAAAUAUGUAAAGCUUUAAUUAACUCUUUAAUAUUGUCUGACUUGAUACCACAAAAAAUACCUAUAGAGUAUCAUCUCUGUACUGAUAACAUUAAAUGCUGUGCAUUUAUGUUUACAUAUUUAUCUCCCUAUAGUCAUUUUCAGAAGAGAAACAGUAUUUUAUUAAUCUUAGAUACCUGUUGUAUAUGCCAGUGUCAGAGACAUAUUUUAUAAACAUUUUAUUUGUAAAAAUAUUUUUUGGAAACAUGAUAAAACAGUACAGUUCGUGUCCUAUGUAAAUUUUCAUACCGAAUGACCCUUUUACAACAAGGUAUGAAUAAGUUUUCAUAUAUCCUUUCUACGUUGCCAAAUUCUGGUCAUUUUGGAAUGCGAAGCAAUGCGAGUAAUAUGCCAUUUCAGGGAUCGGUUUCAUUCACGGAUGUGACUGUGGACUUCACUCAGGAGGAAUGGGAGCAACUGGACCCCUCACAGAGGAUCCUUUACAUGGACGUGAUGUUGGAGAAUUAUAGCAACUUACUCUCAGUGGAGGUGUGGAAGGCUGACGACCAGAUGGAGCGGGACCACAGCAAUCCCGAUGAGCAGGCGAGACCGUUUAUCAUUUUUAAGAACCAAACCCCAAUUGAAGAAGGAGGUAAUCUCUUUGGAAAAACAUUUAAUCUGAGCACAGAUUUUGUUUCUUUAAGGCAAGUACCCUAUAAGUACGACUUAUAUGAAAAAACUUUGAAAUCUAAUUCAGACUUACUUAAUAGUAAUAGAAGCUAUAUAAGAAAGAGAGCCGAUGAGUGUAAUGGAUUUGGAAAAGCACUCCUCUAUCUGAAGCAAGAGAAAAACCAUCAUGGGUUGGAAUUCUCUGACUAUAAUAAAAGUGGGAAAGUCUUUAAAGAAGCCAUUUUUAAACAUCAGAAAAUAAGAAAUUUGGUACAGCCUUUUAUUUGUAAUUACUGUGACAAGGCUUUCUCCUUUAAGUCACUCCUCAUCAGUCACAAGAGAAUACACACUGGAGAAAAACCUUAUGAAUGUAACGUGUGUAAGAAAACCUUCUCCCAUAAGGCAAACCUCAUUAAACAUCAAAGAAUUCAUACGGGGGAGAAACCCUUUGAAUGUAUUGAAUGCGGCAAAGCUUUCACCCACCAGUCGAACCUCAUCGUCCACCAGAGAGCACACAUGGAGAAGAAGCCCUACGAGUGCAGUGACUGCGGCAAGACAUUUGCCCAGAAGUUUGAACUUACUACACACCAGAGAAUUCACACAGGAGAACGGCCCUACGAGUGUAAUGAAUGUGCAAAAACCUUCUUCAAGAAGUCCAACCUCAUCAUACAUCAGAAAAUCCACACGGGGGAGAAACGCUAUGAGUGCAGUGAAUGUGGAAAAUCCUUUAUCCAGAACUCACAGCUCAUCAUACACAUGAGAACUCAUACGGGAGAGAAACCCUAUGAAUGUACUGAAUGCGGCAAGACCUUCAGCCAGAGGUCAACCCUGAGGCUACAUCUGCGAAUCCACACAGGAGAGAAACCGUACGAGUGUUCCGAGUGUGGAAAGGCCUUCAGCCGCAAGUCCCGACUCAGUGUCCAUCAGAGGGUUCACAUGGGGGAAAAGCCCUGAGGCGACAGCGUGUGCUGUGGAAAGACCCGAACCCUGCCAGUGGGGGGCAAACCGUGCAAAGGUACUGAAGGAACAUGGAAAUUCGUGGUGGGAUACAAUCCAUCAAAUCAAAACACGUGUGACAACAGGGUCCCCUAAGAACAGCAUUCUAACCCAAGUUCGAUGCGCUGCCCCGCCCCAGGGUCUGUCCAGUUGUCAGUAGACGUGCUCAGUUGUAGUGCCGUGAGCUUGUUAAAGCCUCCAAUGACUCAAGAAUGAAAUAGUCUGGGCAGUAGCAUAAAGGAUCUACAGACCGUACCCCAGGGGUUGAGUGGCUAUGAAUUAUGCCCCAAAACACAAAUCCUAUCUUACCUCUAAAUUUAACACAGUCACUGGGAGUUUGAAAUUCUUGUCCUCUGAGAAUUAGGACAUGAAUAAGAUUUUCCAUACUAAACCUCAUGCGUCUUUCAGUACCUUUACAACCCAGUACGCAUUCCAGAUGAAACAGGUGUAGUGCGUAGCCUGUGUUUUCUCUUCUGGCUUGCUGCCAUGUGUAAGUUGUCCGACCGUCGUUAUUCAGCUGCCUCUUCAAUAAACAGAAGACAAUGUUGAAGGUUUACCUUGCUUCUGGGGUUACUAGAAGCAUUAUUCACCUAAAUCUGUAAGUGAGAUAAUUAAGAGGGGGUUUAGGGACUCAAAGACCACUGUGGGCUGUCACUCAGUGUACGCACCACAGCCGAAGAGGGUGCCCACGUCCCUAGGGCGCAGUUCCUUUGCAGUGGGGUGUUUACACACAAAUGCAUGUCUUUUAACAUAUUGUGUAACCCAGAAACUACUUGUACUUUUGUGUUUCCCUGUUUCUCUUAAUAUUUUAUGAAUUGUCUUACAAAAAAAUAGGAUGUGUAUGUGGUUCACAGGUGUUACAUUUCACACUUUAGAGAAAAAACAAACUCAGUAAAUGUCAUAGUGCUUUUUCAAAUGUUCAUGUGCACAACCCACUUUAGAAAUGCAUUUUUGCCACAUUCUGUUUAAAGGAGGUAUUUCCACUCCCUGGGUUUCACUGUCAUCAGCCAAAGGCAUUUCCCUCUGAAACCUGAGUAGAAGUUAAACCUUUCCUGUUAAGGUUCACCAACACUCUACAAGUUAGACUUUUCAGUGAUCUCUCCAUAUGUUUAACAGUUAACCUUAAAAAAAAAACUUUAAUAACUCAGAGGUAAAGUAUCUUACUGUUGAUUUUAAAUUCCCAAGUUCCUCUCCCAGUCAGUCAUGAAUCACACACUAGAACUGUCACUGACAACUGGCCUUUUCUCUUCCUUAUUUUUGAAUAUCAUUAAUAUGCUGUGACUAUCCUUGAAUGUGAGUGACUUUCUGAACAGAUUGACAGAACAUCUAUAUAUAGUCCAGUAAGUUUUUGUCUUUCUAAAAUUGUCAUCUUGUCUACUAUGGGCAAGGAAGCAGGGGAGUAGAUUCAUCUCAUGCACUGCUGUUAGAAAUGGAAGUUGUAACCGUCUCUUAACAUUAGAAAUAGACCUAGCCUUCAGGGAUGCCUGGGUGGCUCAGUUGGUUAAGCAUCAACUCUUGGUUUCAGCUCAGGUCAUGAUCUCAU